CUGUGAUUUGGGACGCGUCCCGGCAGAUCCCUGUGUGUGGAGUGUUUGAUGUUUACACAGCUGUAAACUUCACUCCGAGUCUCUCCGCCGUGUGUAAGUUCGUAAGUAAGUCAGUGCUGUGUAUUUUAAUUAGAAAUAAUUUAUAUUUUAUUUUUAAUUCACUUUCCCAGUUCGUUUAUUAAAUUCACUCAGACUGAGAGUGCUUUUGAGCGCGAGCUCGGUGUUUAGUGGUGAAGCGGUUCAUGCUAAGUAAACUUGCUAACAGCUGUUUCAAACAAACUCCCGUAUUUAUAAAAACUGGUUCAGCUUUAAAGCGAUUAUCGUGAUAAUAUAUUUCAGUGAAAAGUUAUAAAGGUGUUUAGUUCGUGAGUAAAUCUCAUCUCUGCGUCUGUUUCACCGUGAAGGCGGAUUAGCGCGUUAGCCUAGCCCUGGUGCUGUUAUUGUGAUUGUCUCUUCUUUUCCCAACCGCUUUCCGUCAGGAGACUCCGGAUUGGUCACUUUGUUUAAAGGACCAGAGUUCAACGUCGAGAGACAAAGUACUGACAGCCAAUCCUCGCUCAGAAGGUCAUCGUGAUUCGCCAAUCAGAGCAUGGCUCGAGGACACCAAAAGAUUCAGUCUCAGCAGAAAAAUGCCAAGAAACAGGCUGAGAUCAAGAAGUCGAAAGGCCAUGACCAGAAAACGGCGGCGAAGGCUGCGCUGGUGUACACCUGUGGGGUGUGCAGGUCACAGAUGCCGGAUCCGAAAACGUUCAAGCAGCAUUUCGAGAGCAAACAUCCCAAAAACCCUCUUCCUCCGGAGCUGGUGGGUGUGGAGGCCUGAGCGUCGCUCCCCAAACCUGCACUGCCGCUUCGCCAUCAGAGACUGUUAAUGGUGUCAACUGUUUCCCUAACGGCAAAAAAAACCACAGAGACAUCUGUCUGCCUCUCUCUCUGCCUGUCUGCCUCUCUCUCUGCCUGUCUGCCUCUCUCUUUCUCUCUCUCCGCCUGCCUGUCUGUCUCUCACUGUCUGCUUCUCCCUUUGUCUGUCUGCCUUCCUGCCCCUUUCUCUCUCUCUCUCUCUCUCUCUGCCUGUCUGUCUGAUCAGAUACACACUGGUUUGGUGUUUAAUCUGUCUCACACACUGCUGCGCUGAUGUACAGUGAGGCUGAUGAUGAUAAACGGGUGACGGGUUUGUGCUUGUGAUAUAAUUACAGAAUUACCGUAUUUUUCGGAUUAUAAAGACGAAUCUAUAAAUCCAGUGUUGUGAUAAAUAUUUAAGACAUUUCUGACGUUAUCUGAAUGUUGCCUCUACUCAUUUCACAGUGUUUCACAGUCACGUGUCCGCCUAUAUUUGUACCUUCCAAAGUUAAGUAUUAUUUUAAUAAUUACUGUCCUUUAGAGUAUUUGUGCUCACUGAGUACUGCAAACGUUAUGGGACAGAGACUCUACACCACCGUGACGAGUGUUUAGGAAUUAAUUUUUUUCCAUAACCCCUUCAGACACGAGGGAAAAAUCCUAUGGAACUUCAUGUGUACAAUUGUACGUUAUGUCCGAAGGGGUUAAGAGACCUGGAAAAUUUUUAAAAAUUGGACUUUAUACUCCAGAAAAUACGGUAAACCUGUGGAUCGAUGGCUUUUUAUUUAAGAUGUGGAUUAUUGAAAAAUGUUGAUUGAAAUUGUUUCUGUUUUCUCCGAGAUCACUGGCUGUAGCUGAGGGUGAAUAUCACUAUCUCCUUUAAUUUACGCUGCAGAAAUACUAAUGACUGUGUUCAUCACUGGAACUGUGUUCAGAGACGUGUGUUUAAGACGCUGUUCAUGCUUCAGUGAGCCGGUACCUGCGCCAAUGUAAUAUAACAUUCUAAUAAAGUUUAAUUUUGUUUACAAA